AUGAAUAAGUAAUUGAUUUUAAUGUUACAAUGUUAACAAGAUGAUCAUUAACAGAAUAUAGAAACAGUUUGUUACAACUAACUUUGUACAGAAUUCAGAUUAAAUUGCUUUUAAUGUAUCAAAAUCGGAAGAGUUCAUCGUAGUCAUCUUGAUGACGUUUAAAAAAUCGACACCCUGAUCGAAUACUCUGAGAGAAAAAAUCAAGAGUAUAAUAAUUUGAUUGAUGAUCUUAAUAAAUAUGUAGAGCGUGUAAAUCAAUCUUUUUCUUAUUUAAAAACAGGAAUCUAAUAGAAAUAUUAAGUAGAAAGGGAAAGAUUGCUAAAAUUGAACUCACAGUAAAUUAAUGAUUACUUAAAUUCAACAACAAAUUUAAUCGAAUACAAAUAAUCCAUUAAAACAAUCUUUUAAUAUUAGACAGAGAAAUUAAUUAACUUAUUUAAUAAUUUAUAUGGAUAAUUGAAAUUAUCAUCAUAUGAAUAUUAUUAGAUUGAUGAUAAUUCAAUAAAACUCUCUAAAGAGUUAUAUGAUAAAGGUAAUCAGAAUAAUUAUUAGUAUCCUUAGGUUAUUAAUUAUAUUGGAAUCACAAAUACGAACAGGCCAUACAAAUAUUACAUGCUUCAAUACAAUAAAACCCUAAAAACCUUUUAUCUCACUGGUGCAUAGGUGAUAAAAUAAUCGAUAAUUAAUAGGUGCAUGUUUAAGAUAUUUAAAUAAAAAUGAAGAAGCAAUCACUUGGUUGGAUAAAGCAUUAGAAAUCGAUCCUAGACAUAUUAAUUCUUUACAUGAAAAAGGUACAUUAUCAUAAUUAUAUUAAUAGGAGUAUGUUUAAGAUUAUAAUGUAAAUAUGAGGAUGCAAUAACUUGGUUAAACAAAGUCUUAGCUAUUGAACCUAGGAAUCAUUAUUCCUUAAAUGAAAAAGGUAGAUUUAUUCAUAAUUAUUCUAAUAGGUUAGUGUUUAAGAUCAUUAAAUAAAUAUGGAGAUUCAAUUACUUUUUUAGACAAAGCUUUAACGAUUGAUCCUAAACAUGUUAGUUCAUUAAGUGAAAAAGGUAGAUUUAAUGAUAGUGAUAUUUAUAGGUAAAUGUUUAAGAUUAUAAAAUAAAUAUGAAGAUGCAAUAGUUUGGUUGGACAAAGCAUUAUAUAUUGAACCUAAACAUCUUUAUUCUUUAAGUGAAAAAGGUGAAUCUAACUGUAAUUAUUUUCAUAGGAAAAUGUUUAAGACUAUUGAAAAGAUAUAGUUAAUCUAUAUCAUCCCUAGAUUAAGCACUCUCCAUCAAUGAUCGACAUAUUUUUUCUCUCUAAACCAAAGGUAUCUUACAAUAGUAAUUUUUAGGAGAUUGCUUAAGGGAUUAAUAUAAAUAUAAAGACGCUCUAAUUUAUUAUGAGAAAGCAUUAAAGGUUAAUCCAAAUGAUCAAUACGCAAAAAAUUAAAAGGGUAUUUUUCACUUUUUAUUUUAGAAUUUUGUGAGAGAUAAUUGAAAAAAUGA